AUUCAUGAUUCACGAAGACUUUUGAUCAUCUAUUCAUUUAAUGAUGUUCUUACUGGCUACCUAAGGUACAGUAACAUGGGCCACAAAAAGCACGCAAUUUGUUUUGCAACAUGGCUGCAAAAUGAGUUGAAUAGUGAUGUUGCUCGUUUUACCACCCACGAAAACAAACCUUGCAACCUUAUUUAUUGCAAGACAGGGUCGAACAUGGGUGGUAAAACGCGCAACAUCGCUGUUCAACUUGGUUUGCAGCAAUGUUGCAAAACAAGUUACACGUUUUUUGUUGCCCGUUUUACCGCAGCUUUAGUCUUGUUUGUAUAGUUUCUUUGGUUUUCAAACUUCUGUUUUCAUCCAGAAUUAUGUACAUUUUGGACCACUGUUUCUCGGUAUCAUCAUUCAUUUUGUCCAGGUAUGGAGUUUUUUUGUAACUGAAAAUUAAGCACUAGUGUCACUGGAGAAACAAGUGUACUGUCAGCCCCGAAUGCACAAAUUAUAUAGGGGGGUUUGGGGGCAUGCUCCCUGGGAAAAAAAAAAAAAAUUGAAAAUUGGACUCUCAGAAACGACAUAUCCUGCAUUCCCUAGAUCGAACGCAAUUAAUUCAUACAUCUAUUUUGUUGAUCUUUCAGUUCUCGGUCUCGUUAUUCAUAUAAUUCCCCUGCGCUGUUUUCAAAGCCAUUUCAAAGUCAACCAAAUUGCAAGCUAUUCCACGUGAAGUCACUCCUCAUCUCCAGCCAAUCAGAGUGCUUUUUAACCGUGCGAUUCUGUUAAUAUUACUUGCACGGCCACCGUAUUUCGAGCAAUGCUUAAUAUUUCAGUAACGCAAAACCCAUUAGUACGCACAUAUCGCCCAAAGGCGCCCAGAAAAUUGUAACCCUCCCCUAAAUGCGGGCUCAGAAAAUUUUAGCCCCCCCCAAAUGAGCGCGCAAAAUAGCCCCCGCCAAUAGUUAAUGACCACUCCCUUAUGUCUUUUAUGUGUCUACUUUGCUCCAUAUACGCUUAAGGUGAUUCCCUGGUUUUGCACUGCGUAGCCUGCGAGCAAGCUCUCCUAUUUUGGCGAGUGAAACGAGUCUUGCGAGAACACGCGAGCGAGCGGUGAAGCCGCGAGGGGCAGAGGAAAGGAGAGCUUGCAACCACCCCUUACAACUUUUCAUUUGUACUUCGCCCAGACGAAGGGAAAUACCAUUGGCUGAAAAAUGACAUUCCGGAAAUCAAAGUUGAUUGAUAACAGGCCAAGCUGGCACCCCCUUCGACUGUGUGUCAAAUUUGGUUCUCAGGGAGAUCAGAUUGGUACCGAGAACUUGUUUCAGCCCUCAAUGCAGACGGGCUCGUUUGUUGUAAUUCUCGCAAAGAGAAUAUUGCGUGCUGAGGAUAAGUCGGACCAAGUUUGUAGUUCUUGUGGAAGGAAAAUGAAAACCCUCCAUCAGUUGUAUUCAUUUGUGUCAAGCGCCUUGUUUAGUUCUGAAAACCGGGAGAGUGAAAGUGAAGAGUGAUUAAAGCGCUGUCUUCCAACAUCGGUUUCUUCGCCCGAUUGAAUUCUACUGGGUAGAAAAAUUCAGAAACAUGUACUUGACAGUGUAGCUGUUGGAAGCAACUGGAGUAAACGUUAAGAGAACCAAGUGCCUGAAAACGCUAUUCUCCAGUUCCAGACGGACAAAUAUAUGAUGUUUUUGUUGGUGAUUGCGAUGGGGAGUAGUCUUCUACGCUUCAGUAUGGACGACCUUUCAAAAGUAAACGAAACGAGAAUCAAAGUAGACAGUUCUUAUCCGAGCGGACACGUUGAAGUUCGAUGUCCCCGUGAAAAAAAAAAAACAUAUCAGUGAUAUUAAAAACAUCGCUUUAAUGCUGUUGCGAAAGCGAUUUAUAAAUAAAUAAUUCUACGCGCCCUCGGCUGUCUAAACUUAAUUGACAGGCAGUUGUCACUUUUCUAAUCUGCCGCACGUUUGCGGUGACAAUUUUCACGCUUUGCGGAGUCCCGGGGUUUCCGGGGUGGAAAUUAAAAUUUAUGAGAGAUGGUUGCAAGCUCUCCUUUCCUCGGCCCCUCGCUCGCGCGUUCUCGCGAGGCUCGCUUCGCUUGCCCAAAUAGGAGAGCUUGCUCGCAGGCUAUGCACUGCGCAUCUCUUACUGCGCAUAACAAGAUGGCCGCCGUAAAAAAGAGCAUGUGAAGUAACAUUAUUAAAAUGAAGUUGACUGAAGAGAAACGCUAUUGGAAUUUUUGCUUGCGGUUGUUUCUUGCCGAGGUGAGACUCAAUGUGUUGGGAAUGUGCAUAACGUAAGCAGUACGCGUGUUGCUGAGUUCUACUUCCUCACGGAGAACCUCGAUAGUGGAUGUUUAACUUGUGCUUACUCACUUUGAUUUUCAUUUAAACGCUUUCUUUAUCACAUUGUGUCCUAAAUGUGAUAUCUCGAUGUAAAUUCUGUGAAAAUGCAUUUUUUGAUACCUUCUUCCCCCUUUCACAAACCAUUCUAUAUUGAAGCUCGUCCCAGUCCUCUCUCAAAAAUCGGAGAAAAUGCAUUUGGUGUGCACUUUCUGCAGCUCUACCGCAAAAACGAGUACGGUGACCCCCAUUUUUUAUUUCAUGAUUUUAAUAAGGACAGUGAUUUCUUUCGAUGAGAAAAAAAUUGGCACAAAUCUAUGUUCAGUUUGUUGGCAGUUUUACUAAAUUGUACGGAUUGAGCUAUCACGGGUCGAAUAGCGUGCGUGCAAUUUAAUUCUACUUUGGAGCGUAAAGUAAAAACAAGGGCAUUAAAAGGCAUUUUUCUGGUACGUAAGUGGAUAAACAAUACAUUAAAGUCAAAUUCUGUCCUAUACCACAUGCAUCAUGGAAAAAAUCUCUAAAAUCUCUCCUUUUUGUCUAGUUUUUGGUUGCGCGCGGUUUUUGUCAAAGGGUCCUAAAUAGCCGUAUUUGUCAGCAUUGUGACGUCAAAACAAGCACGGUGACCCCCAUUUUUUAUUACUUUUUUAUCAUCUUCUUGACUUGUGACAUCAGUGUACCAAGUUUCAUCUACAAUCUGUGUUAGGUUCUUUUACUAAGGAAUCACCUUAAAAAAUCACAUGCUUUUAUACGCUUGUCAGUAAAUAUUUUGUAAUUUAUACGCUUACGAUAGCGAAAAAAUUAUUGACUUUAAGACUCGUUAAGCAGUUAACGCCACUGACACCCUCUCAAAUGUGUAUCAUGUUUAUCAUAUGUAUUUGAAUAAAGUAUUGUAGGGGUGCCGAAUGGUACCUCGAAAAACGUUGGUCUAGGAAAAUUUUAGCAGGAUCUCGAAAUCUCGGAAGCGUUUUCGAUAAUUCUCGAAGUCUCGUUUUUUCAUGGUUUGUUUUUACUUUUUUGAGUCUCGAAAAUUUUCACCAAAGGGUCUCGUAGCCUGCGAAAACAUCCAUUUCUCCUCACUCUUCGCCGCUGGGGACGUUGCGCAGAAACGGAUGUUUUCGCAGGCUAAGGGUCUCGGGCUCGCAUUUCUAACUAAGAUCUCGGCGUCUCGGCUAGUCUCGGAUUUUACCAUUCACCACCCCUUAUUGUUAUAGCCUUGCUUUUGUUUCUUUACCAUGGCGAUUGAUUCGAAUUUUCAAGUUUGCAAUAUAAACUCUAUGAAUCGUCAUCAAUGCACUCUCUUGGUCGCUUGACUUGUUUCGCCCGUUUUCUAUUUAUUUUCGAUCAGGGUUUUCCCUAUCCCCACCAUCAAUUUUGUUAUGGUCCAUCUUCUGGCCGUCACGCUAUUCGGUAGAGACACUAGGCCCUGGGAACGAGAAGGUUAGGAAUGACCUCGACGCCAGUCAGCCAAAAUUAGUCAGCCAAUAUUUUCUCUUGCAUUCCGUGUAAGAGGCUUUCAAAGAACAAUCAACAUAUUAAGACGAAAUUCAUCAAACGCUGUCUUCCUCAAAUCAGCAGUCUUAGGUAAGAGUUGUAUAUUACAUAUAAAAUACGGAGGUUCAUAGAAAGUGCGCGGUUAUUGUAUUUAAUAGAUAAGAGCGAGUUCUUUAAGUAUGAAAAAUCUCACUUCCUGCUCUCGCUUAAACUCGUUCCAAGGUUAUUUGAACUCGAACUUGAAAGUGCAUGGUUAUGGCAAUUAAUACGACCAAGCUGUUGAGGUAUGAGAAGCUAGCUCCCUGCGCUCAAUCGUGUCAGCUCGUGUUUACACUCGUUCCAUGGUUAUUAGUAUAGAUAAUAGCAUGAUUUGUAGUGAUAUUUGGCAUAAAUACCACGAGUGAUAUUUCGAAAUUGUUAUACAUAACAAUUUUUUGAAAUAUAACAAGUGGUAUUUAUGCCAAAUAUCACGUACAAAUCAUGCUAUUAUUUGUUAUACUACUGCCAGCAAGAGGUUUGUAAUAGACCUUGUCACGGUUUUCGACGCCAUCUUGACGAGUAGGCAAACUCGUGAGAAAUUACAGUGUUUGUCUGAGAAUCUAAUGUCAAAUAAUUUCCGUAAAACGGCUGUUUUAAAAAAUAUAUGAACUGUAAACUAAAGCUUCACUCUUAAGGAUUCUACUGAAAAAACUUUAGGGAAUUACAUACGCUAAAAGACCUAGAACCCGUUUUGAAAUUUUUCUAUACAUUUGUCUGUAAAAAUUUCCCGGGAAAAAUUGCAGACAAAUAUAUGGAAAAUCUUAAAUCAAGCUUCUGGAGAAAUUUAACUACAGUAACGGCCCCCAAAAUUUGUUGGUAAAAUCCUUUGCUGUGUAGCUUUAGCUUACAGUUCAUAUUUUUUCUAGAACAGCCAUUUUACAGAACUUAUUCGACAUUAGAUUCUCAUGCAAACACUGGAAUUUCUCAUGCGUUUGCCUACUCGUCAAGAUGGCGUCGAAAACCGAGACAAGGUCUAUUUUCACAUGUAGGUAUUUCAAAUUAAGCUGAAAGACCAUUGCUCUAAGCCAAUCAAAUUGCAGAAUUUCUCAUGUGGUAGUAUAAACUUAAAAAUACCCGGCCUAUUUAUUUGCAUCUCUUUGAAUGACAAGCAUGUUCUUUGUUAUUCCUUGUUUAGCUUUAAAGCACAAAUGAAGUGGCUCAAUAUUCUUAAGGGUGCAUUUGAUUGACUUACGUGGAAUAGGCAUACAUAGAAUAACCGUUCGAAUGACCUGUUAUUCCAAUUGUGGAAGUGGAAGUUUAUCAGAGACCUUAACCCAUUCACCCCUUAGUCACCCGUAACCGCCCGCGCGGAUCCACGUCCUUUCUACCGCUUGUGACGUCAUCAGUUUUAACGGUCAAGGACAACUUUGUCCACUACAUGUAUCAUGUGCAGAAUGAAGAGAUCUUUCAAACUAUACCAGAAUGAGCACAAUUCAGUCAAGGACACCAGAGAAAAAGGCAAAAAACCAUGUAACAUUGACCUGAAAAUUUCCAUGAAAAUCUUAUUCCACUGCCCACCUACCUUUCCUUUCACCUAAUCCUAAGAUCCUAAAAGCUUUCCUAAAAACUUUUCCCACCAAAAUGAAGCGUACUAAAUGCCCAGCAAGAGAAAAAAAAAUGAUUCAAGAAAAGCAAAAAGUAAAAGUUAAGACUGCUGUGUAACUUUUAAACCCAAAAAUUAUCUUGAAAGUUUGCUUUCUUCACAUGCCCAAACUUAAUUUGCAAGAUAAUAUUUUGCAUCUGGAUCAGAAGGCUGCAAAGUGUAGGACCUGUAAAUGGCUUGGUAAGUUUUAGCUGUUUAUAUUAGCAUGACGGUAAAAUCUCCAGGGGCAAGUGGGUUAAGAUACACCAUUUCUGUGUAUGAGUAUGGGUAGAUUACCUGGCCUGUCACUAGCCAUAAAAUGUAAAUACAGGCAGACCACCCUACCCAGGAGAAAGAGCUAGGCCACAGGGUGUAAUAUUAUGAUCUUAUUGUCCCACGGGUUACCUCAGAUUUAAAGUCAGGGGAUUAUAAGAAAAUCAAAAGGGCCUCCAACAACACCUGAAAGUCAUCCCUGGACCAAAAAUUAACUCCCAAAAUUCCCCGGCUGAAUUGCUGAGUCUCAAGAAUUCACUACGGCAACAGGGAAUUUCUGAGACAAUAAAGUUGGGCAAUAAAAAGAAUGGCCAAGACAUCAACACCUUGCUGGAUACACAGCCCCAAGGCACUUAUAAUUAUACAAAUGCUUAAACCUUAAAAUGCUUAAACAUUAACCCAUACAUGCCAAAUCUCCCAGAUUAUCUGGGAGUCUCUCAGAUAUGACACCAAUCUCCUGGUCUCCUGUAUGGGUCACCAAAUCUCCCGGAUAAAAUCGAGUUAUGAGCUUUUCUGUUUUAAUUUGGAAUUUAUCCCAUUUUCUCCCAAAAUUCGAAUUUUCUUUGAUUCAUAGUUUUGGUUUCUAGGGCAUUUAAGCACGUAUUUCAUCACUGACAAAGAUUAUUUCGCCAUCACGAUCAUAAAAAACAAAUGGUGAUGGUAUGUAUGUCAUGUAAGACUUCAUAUAAUGUCCUAAGCCAUUCCUAUGUGAUAAAGUAGGGACUGGAUCGAAUUGUGCUUAUCUGGGGGUUGGGGUCCAGGAAGUUGGUCGUUGAUAGUCGGGGGUGGGGGGAGGGGUAAUAUAAAAGAGAGAGUCUCCAGAUUUUAGAUUUCCAGCGGGUGACAUCUCUGUAAAACCGGCUCCUCCACCCUCCACCCUUCAAAUAGGCACCCCCUUUAAAUUAGUAACACCCUUUUAGAUUUCAAAUAUGUAUCAUUAUGUGCAUGCGCAACAACAGAACUGUCACCCUACAUGAUGCAACAAGAUUUCCUUCAAUGAUUUCCUUACCUGUCUCAAGUAAUUUAUUUACACUUUUGACAAAGUCUUUCGUUUUAAUUUUAAUAACUGGCUCAUGGCAUAUAUAAUUGUUGCUGUUCCAUUUCUGCUUAUUCCUGUUACGAUUAUCUGAGUUUGUAGGGAAGCUGGCAGGAGAAAUAAGCCUUUAUCUGGCAUCAAAUGCUUCCUUUCUCACAGUCCUCAAUUCAGUCAAUAGCAAUGAAUUCUGCAACACCAAAAACGCCCAAUUUCACUCAAAUCAAAACUUAACAGGAACAUUAUACCAUUGAUCUGUAAUUUUGAGAAUGUUUAUUGGUGUAGUAACAAACUCAACUGAGCACAAUGCAAAGAUUUUUGAUGGGUUCUAUAACACUAUGUGUAUCUUUUGAAUUCGCAACAUCCUGUGGAAAAUCUAAGUUUGGUAGUAAUGUGUGCAGUAAUGGGAUAGUGUUCUUUUAAGCUUCCGACCUUCCCCUUCAUAUGAGCAACCACCUUUAACACCCUGUCUUAAUUACUGAAUAUGUGGUAUACUUGACUUUUAUUAUCUUUCGAAAGGGUAGCAUAAAACUUACAGUCAGAACAGAAUAACAUAUUAGGGAUAUCACAUAACCAGAUGUUAAUGAACCAGCUCCUCUGAAAACAGUGUUUGAGGAUAGUUUUAAUGGAAAGUUCCAAGCUAAGAUUAUGACCAUAACAAAGUAUCGGUAUAUUGAAAGAUGCUUGCUUAGUUUUUUUGUCUGUUUGAAACAAAGACAAAUGCUAUCUUAAGGCUGAAAUACAGAAAAAUGAGCAUUCCCUACAAAUAGACACCCCCAUUCCCUGCCACUAAAAAUCAAUUAAGCACCCCCUCCUGGGAUUAUUUCCAGAUCUGCAGAAAUCAAAUUAUUUGUCACCUUAUAAUUUAUUGUAUUACAUAACCUGAUCACAACAUGUUCACCUACCCAUAAUACACCAGCAUAGCCAGAAUUGAGAAACAGUGUUUCUUAAGGUCUUUAUUCCAAACAGUCUGAGCAGCACACAAUUAUAAUGACAUCAUUUUCCUUGCAUCAAUUUUAUGGUCAGUUUCACAACAACAAUUACAGAAUCUGGUACACUUCAUCAGUGAUACAUGUAGUAAACAGUACUUGAGUCAAACCUCCAUGUGGGACCACGCAGUCCCCUCAUUGGUGACCACCUCCCAUAAGUGACCAAAAAAAACACCAAAAUUUCCCCAACUGCAUCAUUGCAGCUGGAAUCUCUCAUGAAUGAUCCCCUCUCAUAAGGAACCACAAGUCCACUAUUUUGGAUGUCAGAUGAUAUUAAAAUUUCUAAUUCUUUUUAUUCCCUUGUAGCAAACAGUUGAGGCAUUUUAAUGUUCAAUCUUCUUGUUUGCUGAAUAUAGUACACUAUGCUCUAAGUAUGUGAAAAUCGUUAAGUGACACCAGGAAUGUCACUAACAUUUCAUGUUGCCAGGUAAAUAGAACAAGUGGGGGGUCGCAGAGGGCGGGAAUAAAACAGCUAGGGAUAUUUUUAGGUUCUAUUUUUCUUCUAUUUUCCUAUGAAAGUAGCUGUGGGCCACAUUCAUAAGCCAGGGUAAAUCACUGGCCCCCGCCUCUUAAUUACAGCCCUCAUGGACACUAUGAUUAACUACACAUAUUGUAGAUUAGAAAUUACAUGUGAUGAAUACUGUUCCAAAAUGUAAAUGUGUUGGGACCUUGAUCUUCUAGGAUUAAGGGACCCACUGUCGCAUGUAAGUGACCACCUCCCUAAGAUGACCACUCAAUCUUUGCAUUUUGGGUGGUCAUCAACAAGAGUUUAGACUGAAUUGAAAUGAGAAAGAGGAUACACUUGGAAGAAAAUGGUAGCUACUAAAGCAAAGAAGAAACACUUAAGCAAAUACAGAGAUGAUACAAUUUGCUACUACUCAUUGUAAAAUGACAAGGAAAACAACAUAAUUGUGCAAAAACGUCUUGAUUUGCAGGCACGAAUAUAAGCUAAUGCAGGAAUUAAAAUUGCUGGUGUUACAAUUAGCUUUGGGACACAAUAGGCCACAAGUCCCAGCGACAUGACAUAGGUCCAUUCGGCUGGUCACAAAUGUAACUUGCUGUUUGGAAAAAAUUCUGCUGCAAGGACAGAUUUUCUUAGAUAUUCUAUAGUUUAUUGUGUUGCACAAUCAAAGUGAAUUAUCACCGUGACCUGUGCCUGCAGACCUUUUGCAGUUACUUGUCACCUAGUGUAACUUUUCCAGGAUUAAAUCUAAAAGAAAAGCUAAAAAACAAUUACCUCUGCUAGGAAUCAAACUCUGAACCUUUGAGAUCCUAAUGGACCAGAGGUAAUUGCUACCAUGGAAACCACAAUUUUACUGAGACAAGUUCAAAGUAUUGUAUUAAAAAUAGAUGAUGUCACAUUCUUUAUCUCAAAAAUCGAACCGUGUACUGUAGGAUAGAGAAAACACCUUUGAAAAAAUGAUUUGAAAUAAAUGGUCAGACAACUGAGCUGUUGAAGCAACUUUGGAAAAUAUGAUUUAAACAGGAGAGACCAUAUAGAGCUUCCAAAGCAUUCUUUUUGCAAAUAUUGCUGGCUGGCUCUCUACUGAUGUGGUAUUAUCAUCUCAUUCCAUGACAACCCACCAAGAGUAACUUUGCACUUGAGUGACUGGUCAACAGGAUGAAAUGCCACUUAGCAUCUGCUCUAGAUUUAUUUUAUUUUAAUUCCCUAAAAUUCUCCUAUAUUGAUGAUAUGAUUUUGAUUUUUCUAUAGGUUGCUGUUUUUGUUAUUUCUCGAUGAUAAGAAGAACUGUCUAGACUUGCUAUUCACAAUUUGAAACAUGGAGCAUUAUUCCAGUAAAGAAUUGAGAGAUUACUUUAAAUAUUAUGAAGGUAAAUUACGAGUAUUGAAUCUGGAAGAAAAAGGACUCUUCACGGUACCUGAUGCAGUCACUGAACUGAGUGAAAUAGAGAAACUUUUGCUGGAUAUAAACAAUCUGACUGAAUUACCAGCAAGUAUCAGUAAGCUGAAAAAUCUUAUCGUCCUCAAAUUGGAUGGUAACAAGCUACCAAAACUACCUGCUGAGAUUGGUGACCUCAGGAAGCUGAGGGAGCUGAGUGUGAGUUUCAACCAGUUGGCUGGUUUACCUACCAGUAUACAGAGGCUGACCAAGCUUGAAGGGCUGUACUUGAAUGCAAAUAAACUAACUGAACUACCUGCUGAGAUUGGUGACCUCAAGGAGCUGAGGGAGCUGCGGGUGGGAGAGAACCAUUUGGUUUGUUUACCGACCAGCAUACAGAGGCUGACCAAGCUUAAAUGGUUGAAAUUGAGAGGAAAUAAACUCACUGAACUACCUGCUGAGAUUGGUGACCUCAGGGAGCUGAGUAAGCUUUUGGUGAAUGACAACCAGUUGGUUGGUUUACCUAGCAGUAUACAGAGGCUGAACAAGCUUGAGUGGCUGGACUUGAGUGGAAAUAAACUAACUGAACUACCUGCUGAGAUCGGUGACCUGAGGGAGCUGAGGAUGCUGAAUGUAUUUAACAACGAGUUGGUUGGUUUACCUACCAGUAUACAGAGGCUGACCAAGCUUGAAAGGCUGCGCUUGAGUUCAAAUAAUCUGACUGAACUACGUCCUGAGAUCGGUGAUCUGAAGGAGCUGAGGGAGCUGUGGGUGGGUGGCAACCGGUUGGUUGGUUUACCUGCCAGUAUAAAGAGGCUGACCAAGCUUGAAAGGCUGCGCUUGAGUGCAAAUAAACUAACUGAACUACCUCCUGAGAUCGGUGAUCUGAGGCAGCUGAGGGAGCUGUGGGUGACUGACAACCAGUUGGUUGGUUUACCUACCAGUAUACAGAGGCUGCCUAGGCUUGAAUGGCUGCGCUUGAGUGCAAAUAAACUAACUGAACUACCUCCUGAGAUCGGUGAUCUGAGGGAGCUGAGGGAGCUGUGGGUGACUGACAACCAGUUGGUUGGUUUACCUACCAGUAUAGAGAGGCUAACUAAGCUUGAAUGGCUGCGCUUGAGUGCAAAUAAACUAACUGAACUACCUCCUGAGAUCGGUGAUCUGAAGGAGCUGAGGGAGCUGUGGGUGGGUGACAACCGGUUGGUUGGUUUACCUACCAGUAUAGAGAGGCUAACUAAGCUUGAAAGGCUGCGCUUGAGUGCAAAUAAACUAACUGAACUACCUCCUGAGAUCGGUGAUCUGAGGGAGCUGAGGGAGCUGUGGGUGGGUGACAACCAGUUGGUUGGUUUACCUGCCAAUAUAAAGAGGCUGACCAAGCUUGAAAGGCUGUGCUCAGGUGCAAAUAAACUAACUGAACUACCUGCUGGGAUUGCUGACCUCAGGGAGCUGAGGCAUCUGUUGUUGGGUAGCAACCAGUUGGUUGGUUUACCUACCGGGAUACAGAGGCUAAGCAAGCUUAAAGAGUUGCACCUGGAUGACAAUAAACUAACUGAACUACCUGCUGACAUUGGUGACCUGAGGGAGCUGAGUGUGAGUCAUAAUCCUUUAACUAUUGACGCAAUAAGAUGUGCUCUGAAGUUGAUGAAGAAAGGAGUACUUGUAAGUGGUGUUGCAGGUGAGCACAACGGAUGUUUUAGUAAUUUGGAAGUUCGAAAAAAAACGACAUAAAAUUCCAGUAUUUGCCUGGGGAAGGGAAGUCAGUUUUGUUUUCAGUUAUCGGGGGUUUCGCGAAUUUGAGGGUGUGAGAAAUCAGGAUAUGCUACAACUGUAGUUUCAAUAUCAAUGGUAAGUUUCGUGUAAGUAUUAGUUUGUUUUCAUGAUUAAUUCGACUGUUUU